AUCGAGUAAAACGCGCAGCCAGCGAGUACAGAGGAAAACGAUUUUUGGUGAAGAAGAAUGUCACAAAUGGCUGUUAAUGAGGCUAAAAAAGUUCUGCGACGCGAGUUGAAGAAAAGAAUUGCAGCUAUGACAGAUGAAGCAAAACUAACGGAAUCUACUUCGAUUGUGAACAAAGUAAAUUGGAGCCUUUGUUCAUUUGGUUUGUAAGAUCUUUGCUGAUGUGGACACCGCUGUUGUUCUUGUCCAUUGAUUAACUGUAUUGUGUUAUCUCGCAAGCUUCUUCGAAUGGAGGAAUACAAAUCAAGCAAGCGAAUCUCAGUCUAUCUCAGCAUGUCUUCUGAAGUUCAAACCGAAGGAAUAUUGAAGGUCAGAGACUUAGGAGUCAUUUUAUUAUCUCUUACUUCUCUACCAUCUCAGUUAUGAUUUAUUAUAUUUCUGCUCUUACCUCUGUUGCAGGAGCUUUUUCAGGCAAAGAAGUAAGUAUGAUGCCUAAAUUUAACGACAUGUAAAACCUUUAAGAUAUGUUAGGUUGGCACUUCCUCUCACAAUCGACCAAGGCCAGUCACUAUAGAUUUUGUCCGGUCAACUCUUUGAAUGGCCGAACAUUUUGUGCAAUUGCUUACACAGGUAAAGAAGAGUUUAAUUCCAAACUAAGUUUAGGUUUUAAAUACGACUGCAUCAAUUUUCCAGCACUGAGUUGGGAUUUUUUUUUGUAAAGGGGGAUUAAUUGUCUAUGACGUAAUGAAUAUUUGUCCGGCCAAAAAUGGACUGCAAAAGAAAAUGACAAGGAAUUAGAAAAAAGGAAACAGUUACAAACAGCGACUAACUUCAGGUUUCAAUAAAUCCAUUUUAUUAAAAAUGACAUGUUUCCACCAAAAAUUAUGUUCAAAGUAGUUUGAAAUACACAUAACAAAUGCAAUCAGAUAUGAAGUCUUGAAUUAUGAGUUCUUAUUCCUGUAGAGCUUUUUCUUCUUGGGAUUUUCCCAGACUCGUUUGUUUGACUGAGACUGACGUCUUGGUGGUAAUCUCCAGGAAGCUUCUUCGGCUUCUUUCCAUUCUUUAUAAGCUUGCCUGUUAGGAAAAAUUAUAGUAAAGAAACAAACCCGAGAGAAAUUUAUUCAAAAUGACAAAAACUCUUUUGGAAUGGGUCAGUUUAGAUAGAAAUAAGGAUUCAGUUAAAAGAGCGGUGGUAAGCGACUGCACCUUUGAAACGUGCAAAAAACGACGGGUAGUUGCAUUUUCGCAUUUUUUAAAAUUUUCAUCGGAAAGUACAUUUCGGAAUAGUUUGUAAAAAGUCAACGUAAAGAAGCCAGAACAAGUGGUCUUUCGAAAGAGCUGCCAACAACAACGAUAUAUGAAAGUGUUGAAAUACCUCAGUCAAAUUUUUUUUGAUACGGUGUUUCGUUCUUCUACUCACCAUCUUCGCCAGAUCGACUUCACAGGCCACGAAAUCAACAUGUACACAGCCAGCACAACACAGUUCCUUAGCAAUACGACAGAGAUCGUGUAACCAGUUUCACGCCAGGUCGAGACAAUAAUGUGGCUUUUAAUUCUGAGAAGAUGGUCUGUUAGGAAAGUAAACAAAAAAAUGACAUUAAAGAAAUUUAAGCUUGAUUCGGCCAUCUCUCGAUUAUACAGGAAUAUUUCCAAGGAUUUUCACACAGUCCGCAGGGAUAUCUCUCACAAGGCUUUCGACUCACCGUGAAUGUAUUCAUUGUAAAACUUGAUGAAAAGUGAAAACGUCUCCAAAACGUUCUCAAGCGCAGGUUCAAGUGGUUUACAGUUCCUUUUAAUCGUUUUCCAUGACCAAUCGAUCAACCGUUUCGCUUCCCCCCAUGCCCACUCGGCCCACUGUUUUGAACCAAUCCAUGCCUUCUUAGUUAACCAUGAAGCAUUUUCCUUUGAGACGCCGUUCAACCACUCAAUCUGAUCCCAAAUCCAUUCCGUUCCGUUCCAAGCACAUGCGGCCAACCAUUCAGCACAGACCCAGUACCUCUCAGCCACCCAUAAGCCUCCAUGGUAAACACAUUCAUCUGCCCACAUCAUCGUUGCAAAAAUCCAUUCUGCCAACCUUUUGAGUCUGUUCCAGAUUUCUCCGACGCAAUCCGUCAAUCCUUUCCAAAUUCUACCGACCCACUCCAACGUUCCUUUCCAAAUGUUACGAGCCAAAUCGAUCAACCAUUUCAAUGCAUUCCAAAUGUUCUUAGCCGUUGUUCCAACGCCGUUAGAACACAUUUUCCAAGCUUCAACCACUGUUGUCACCAUAAAGCUCCACGUGUUUUUUACCAUCGUCCCCACACGAGCGAUUAGUCCUGGUUCUUUCCGUUUGUACUCUUGGUAAUCAGAACAUGUCAUAUUCACGCAGCGAUCAAAAUCACAAUCCUCCUCAUUGUUGUGGCGCGCUUUUUCUCACAAAAAAAAACCCGCACAGCUUCGAUCCGAGAAAAAGAGCGUAGUGAUGGUUUGACGUCACAACACCGUUAAUGACGCAGCGUGCGCGAGACAAGGCAGCGAAAGUUGGUCCCAGGCUCCUGCUUGUUUUUUAACUGAAAACACGCUCUUUUUGGUUUUCGGGAAUUGGUUUCGUUUCCUUCAAAAUUGGAGGGAAAAGAAAAUCAUACUCAAAAUGAAAUCACACGGCAUCUCUCUGAGAUUAUGUAAUUCGAUAAACAGCCUACUUUUUUAUUUUUAUUUUUUAAAUAUUUUUUUCAGGGAAUGUUUUAUUCCUCGAUAUAUUGGCCUAAACAUGGACAUGGUUAAACUUCACUCCAUGGAAGACAUGAUGUCCUUACCAGUUACUUCCUGGAAUAUACAACAACCUGCAGGUGAAUUUUAAGUACUUAAUAUUUACAACUUAUUCGAUGGUUUGACGUAUAACACGCGCGGACAUUUAGCAAGUUGCGUAGUAUUUUAGAAUUACAUUUUUUAGUAUUUUGGCGUCUAGUUUCCCCUACGACUUUAUCUUAGCAUCGUAUCGAUCGUAUAAGGUGUGCGCGAAAGACGAAAACAACACAAAAGAAACCAUUAAAGCGUUCUUUACGACCACAAAAAUAAUCUGUCGCACUUUAAGUUUGUUACUUUAAAAGUCAAGCCCGAAAAACGAUAAAAAAGAAAAUUUGGAUCAUUUAGUGAGCCUAUUUUGCUCUCCGUUCGUAUUUUCGCCCUGUUCUACUGAGCAAUACCGUUGCAUAUUUUGUGCGUUCCGUUGCCCUAAUUUGGUAAAAUGCGCAAUAGUGAAAUAUUACUUUUCAGUACUUAUACGGCUCUGCUCCAAUACUGCUCCAGUCUAAUUAACCUAUCUGUGAUAAUGUAACAACUUUACUGAUCUAAUAUGACAUGGAGUACUGUUUCAAUAUUGUCCAGUGUUUAAGCAGAGCAAAGUCGCUUCGUUUUGGGAUUGAUUUCUUUAAUGGUCCUUUUCUUGUUCAGAGGAUGAUGAAAGAGAAGAAGCUAUCUCUUCAGGGGGACUGGAUCUUAUCGUUGUUCCAGGACUUGGUUUCACAAAGGUCUGCAUUUAAAUACCAGCGAUGAUGCUAAUUUUUUGUUUUAAGGGUUGGAUAUACAACUGUAGAGUAAUGCGUGAAUCAGACCAAGUGCUCUACACAGCUGCUUUAUUGGAAUACUAAUAGCGGAGCUCGCAGAGCGCAGCCCCAUAAUUAUACAAAAUAGUAAUAACCCAUCAAGCCGAAAAAAUUUGGAUGUACGACCGUACGACCGUACGACCGCACAAGGUGCUACUUUUAACAUGCUUAACACGGUUAAGGGUGUGCUAGACAACGAAUACAGAUUAUCUAAUUUCUAAAGUAUUUAUCAAAAUAUGGGAACAAACACUACAAGUGAUCAUAAUGAUAAUAACAAUAAUAAUAAUAAUAAUAAUAAUAACAGUAAUGAUAAAGUGAUGAUAGUAAUGAUAAUGAAGAUUACAGUGACGUGGACGAUAAUGGUGAUAAUUUAAAUGAUGAUAAUGAUGACGACAAUAAAAAAGAUAGUGAAAGAUAACUUUAGUAACCAUAAUGAAAUAUAACAAUCAAUCAAUAAUCAAAGUCAACAGAUUUUUAAAGAUAUUUUAUGUUAUUUUCCUUAGCAAACAUAUUAGUAAUGUAUUUAUAUUUAAAAUUUUAUUGUUAUCGACAUAUGUAAAAAAAUAUAGAAUCAUACAUUCCAUUAUAAAUAGAUUUUAGCACUUGAAAUGAAGAUACCAUUAUUGAAUCAAUAAUCAUAAUUGUUGUAAAAAUGAUAAACAAUAUUCAUGAUGAUAAUGAUAAUACGUACUGUAGUAACAAUAUUCAAUUUAAAGUAUUUUUUUGCGUAUUAAUUUGAACUCUUUUGGAAACAAUUCUUUGAGGAACUAUUUUGCCAAGUAAUUAGGAAGGAGUCAUUCCUCUAACUGAGAAUAAUCUUAGAAUUCCAACCCUCCUCUUUGAUUACUCCAAGAAAAUGAAUUCUAGAUGACGUAAGGUGUGGGUUAGCUUAUGUAGCGUAUCCAUGUCUGCUUGGUAGUGUAAUGCCAAUGUCGCUAACGGUUUGGUUUCCAUUGCAUUUCUUUUUCAUAGAAUGGCCUCCGUCUUGGCAGAGGAAAGGUAACCAUUGACAACGUUGACCGAGAAAUUAUAAGUUGUUUUGAGUUAUUAAGUGUUAUUUGUGUAAACUGUUUUCGAUUUUGUUCUGUUAGGGUUAUUAUGACUCGUACAUCAUGAAGUGCAUUCAAACGUGCAAAAAGAAGCCCCUUUUGAUCGGUAAGAGUUAUUUUUUUCUUCAUUUUUUUCACCUCGCCUCGGUUUGGACUGUUUGCAUAACGAAAUCACUAUCAAUGCGCUUGGUCCUGAAGAGCUAUCAUAGUAUUUUGAUAUUGUAUUUCUUUCCGCUUAUCUUUCAUUUUCCACUUUCUUCUCCAGGUUUGGCUUUUAGUUCUCAGAUCUGCGACGACCUACCAGUCACAGAAAGAGACAUGCCUUUGGAUCAUGUGAUCACAAGUGAACCAGAUUAGAAAAUUGGCGAAUUCAGAGUAAUAAUAUUAAAGGGGAAAAUAAACUAAUCAAGAAAGAAAAAAUGAAAAUGUCACUCUCGAGAACUACAUUACACAAACGCUGGUAAUUUUUUUAUUUUGAAAAGCUGAUCAAAGACAGGCUUGCAAAAGUUGUCAAUAAGUCAGUGACAGUGUCGCCAUUCGGGACACAAAAGACGAUUUGCCACACAUGUUUAGUACUCAAUUCAAGGGUUUGUGGAUGUAUUUCACUUAACUAAUGUUUUAAAUUGGAGCAGCCAUUUCUAAGUGUCGCGACUCAAAAUGUCGCAAAUUGAACACCUGCGCAGCCGAUAAAUUUCAUAUUCUCUUUUUGUAAUAGACAAACAACUAACCUAGGCGUGCAGUGAGAAGUACGCAUGCGGAUACCUUUCGUAGUGCGUUUUCUGAUUCCACGCUUCCAACGUGUUUGAUUUUUCUACCAACGUGGCGCUGUUAAUUUAAUAGUUCGGAAAUGUAUUAACCAAAUGCCAUUAAGAAAAACAGAUGAAUAGAAUGGAAAAUAAAUUAAAAUGAUGCAGCUGAAUUGUGGU